AUGGGAAAUAAUCAACCUGGGUCGAUGAACAAACGUGAUCGUCCAUUUGAUGGAGAAAGAGGUGAGUUUUAUUGAUUUUUAAUUAAUUAACAAAAAAAUUGAGGAAAAUUUUAAUAUCACCCAGGAAACAAUCAUUUUUUCAUACAUGUUUGUGAUUUUGAAACGCAUUCUGAACUUUUCAGAGAAAAAAAACUGUUUGUUAGAGUUUUACAAAUAAUCCUCAAAUCCUUGAUUUUCUGUCUGUAUUCCCAUCCUUUCUGAAACAAAAAUAAUUCCAGGUAGAACCCGUACUCGCAGUGAGAAUGCGUCAACUCCAACCAAUGGUGAAGAUGAGUGCCCAGUUCAACUGAAGAUCGCUAAAGGAGAUCAUCGUGCUCAUGAGUUUCCAGUGGUUUUCAAAUGGAACACCUCGCAAACUUCGUGAGUUUUUCUCAAUUCUUUAAAAUUUUCCAAAUCCUAAUUUAUUUCAGAUUCUCUACCCCUCGCUCUGUGUUCAUCUGUGGAUCGUGGGAUGGUUGGAGAACAAAGAUCCCGUUGGUCAAGUCAACAUCGGAUUUCUGCACAAUUGUUGAAUUGGAGCCGGGAAAGCACGAAUACAAAUUUAUGGUCGAUGGAAAAUGGGUUGUUGAUGAUAAUCAAGAAAAAACUGGCAACAAUUUGGGUGGUGAAAACAACGUUGUGAUGAUUGAUGAAGCGGAUUUUGAGGUUUUCGAUGCUUUGGAUCGCGAUUUGGCAUCAUCGAAUGCUGGCGAAGCAAUGAGAAACAAUGAUCAUCAAGCGAGCAAAGAAUCACACGACACUCCAAAUGAUAGGUCAGUCGGGGUUUUCAUUGGCUGUGAGACAGAAAAAAUUGAUAAACUUCUUCUGAAAAACAAACAAAGGCUAUUGCACUUUUGUUUUUUUCAUUAAUGUUCUUUGUUCAGUAGUUUUAUGACACGGCCCAGAAAAAAAUAUAUUUGCAUAUUUUUUUUCAAGAACGUGGGAUGGAAAAGUUAUGAAUAAUUUUUUUUAAAAUAAAAUCGAUUGUCACAGAAAAUAAGAUUAGUUUUUAAAAUUCUUCAAAAAAUGAUCUUUAAAAUAUCCCAGACAUCAGACAGAACAAUUUGUGGUUAAAUAUUUGUAUAACCAAACAACCAGACAAUUUUGAAUCAAACAUCAAGUUUUCCAAAUGAGCUAUGAACUUGGAAACAUAUUUGAUUCCUAAUUCUGAACGGGACCAGCAGUUUUAUUUUUAAAAGUUAAAAUUCAAUAAUUUUUAUGGUUACUUUUUAUCAAUUUGAGCAGUGGUCAAAUUUAGCAAAAAAAAAUCUGAUGAAUCAAAGAAAUAUCAUUAUCCUUCCAUUUUCCACUAUCAAUUUCUUUUUUUUCAAAAACAAAACUACAAAUACACAAAACACGGUCCCACAAAAAUUGCUCAUUUUACGAUUCUGCAAACUAUAUACAUACAAUUUUUCGUAUCAAUAAAAUUUCCCAUUAUUCUAACGUCGUUUCACAUUCGCUAAAAAAAUACAUUAUCUUAAUCGAAUUAUGAUGAUUCACGGGGGCGAACACAUAUAAAUCCAAUUUUGAAUUGUAAAAAAUCAUUCUAUUCCCUUUCCAUUAUUCUUUCAAAAAAAAAUAAUGUCUGGCUCCAAGAAACGUAUGUUCUACGUUGGAAGUGAUGAUGAAUGGGAGGAUGACAAAAAUUCUCAAAAUCCAACUAAAAAUAUUCCUGAAAAUAAAGAGCCUCUCAAAAAGGAUCCUGCGGAAAAAACAAAGUAAAUCAAUUAAAAAAAAAAUAGAUUUUUAAUACAAUAUUUUUUCUUGUUCCAGAGAAUUGGAGAAACUCUACACUUUCGGACAAGAAAUGCCAACACGUGCCGAUUUCGCCAAAGCUUGUGCUCCACCAGUUCUUCCACCACACCUUCUUCAGGUAAUUUUCCAAAAUAAUUCACAACGGGGAAAAUAGGCUUGAAUGAAUAAAAAUUGUUGUUGUUUGACAUGAAAAAUUUGAUAUUUGAUACACUGCUGAAAAAUCAAAGAGUAUUGAAAAAUCAAAGAGUAUUAGCUCAUUCAAAAAUUAUUCCGGUGACAACACUUGUUUGUUCAGGAGGGUCAAUUACAAACAAGGUUUACAAAUUUGUUGAAAUAAUUUUUUGUAAACAUCAGUGAUCCAGUUGAACUUAACAUAAAUUGAAAAUGAGGGAAUUGUCUGAAAUCCGUCGUACCUCGUCGGAAUAAAAAAUAAAUAAAAUCUGUCUUUCAGGUCAUUCUCAACAAGGACACUCCAGUCCAAUGUGACCCAAAUGUUUUGCCAGAACCAGAUCACGUUAUGCUCAACCAUCUCUACGCUCUUUCGAUCAAGGAUGGAGUUAUGGUUUUGUCAGCCACUCACAGAUAUCGCAAGAAGUUUGUCACCACACUUCUCUACAAACCAAUCUAA